ACCGUUGUUCUAUCAAGCAACGCUUCGCAGAGUCGCUGCACGCCGCCAAAGAUUCACUGUUUUAACUUAAUUUUACCGCGUGGAUUUCAACUCUGUCGUCUUCUUGGAUGGCAGCAGUGGAAACCAGAGAUGACAGUGGCUCUUCUGAACCUUCAGAAAGCCCCGUAUCGAAGGAAAGUAAAGCCUCAUCGAGCCCCACUCAAAGUGCUUCUUGGUUAGUCGGCGAUGUCGUUUGGUCGAAGAUCCCGGGACAUCCAUGGUGGCCUUCAAUGGUUUCUUACGACCCAAAUACAGCAGUUUCGUUCAAGUACAAAGGAAGAGCAAGAUACUACCAUGUGCAAUUCUUUGGCCAGGAUCCUGUGCGUGGAUGGGUCUCUGAACGAUCUAUUUUGAAAUUUGAAGGUACGAAGGUUCAGUCUUAGCUCUCCUAAGAAUUGGACGGGUUUGCUUUACGAUAAAUCUUGCUUAAAUCUCGCAAGUUUUAUCGAUAAUUGUGGGAUUAACCUUAACACACUCCUGCUACGUGCCGUAAUUAAACACCUCUUUUUCUCUUGGCUGCCUAAAACAGCGAAGGUAAAUAAUCUGCGUGCGAAUUUUGCCAUCAAAAUUACAUCUUACUCCGCCAUGUUUGCUAAAAUUUUAUUCAAAACAAGGCAAUUCAGUCGCCAAUAAUUGAAACGAAUUAUUAACAUUCGUCGCGAAUUGUGAUUUGUGUUAACUGAAUUUAAUCAAGGACUUGGCAGAGUCAAAUCUGAACCUUCUCCCAAGUUAUGGAGAAUUGUUUUCGUAUCUCACCUCUCCCAUGUAAAUAGUUCACUGGGUGUACUUGAGCUCACAACCUGUUUUGGCGCUCGGCCAUCGUAGAUUACGCUAGGCCGCUAAGCGCAUGAUCAAUAAUAAUACGACAGCUGGUUUGAGAAGAAAACUGUGAAUUUUACCAAGAUACAAUCGUUGUCAGUGCUAAAGUUAUUUUCUUCUUUCGAUUUGUUCAUCAACUCCAUGUGCAGAAUUAUUUUUAUUUCAUUCAAAGACGUCACAUUUUGAAUAAAACAUAUAACUUCAAAUAUAGAUAAGUAAUCAUUAUUAUUCAUUCUCAGAGAGGGAGCCUUUCAUCUUUUUAUGUCAUGAAAAUUUGCAAAGAAAUCAGCUGGUCAAGAUACAUCAUAUUAGUUCCAAUUAUAAUUCACUGUCAAUAUGUUACAUUUUUAUUGCAAAUCUGGAGGCCUACAACUGAUUCCGUUGAUUUUCAUCUAAAUAGUUUUUUGGUGAUUCUCAGAUAAUGGCUGAAGGAAAGGAUAUUUUUAACUUUUUUCGCUUUUCAGGUGUUUUAGCUGCCUUGUGAUUUUCAGAGAGUUUUAAUUAUAAUUUAAAAAAAUUAAAUGACCUUUUGCUGUUCAAAUGUCAAUAUUUGAAACAAAACCUUUGGCAGUUACAUAUGAAAUUAAUGGUUUUCACACAAAACAUUUUCAGUUUAGCUUCCACACUACUAAAAGAUCUUGGGAUGUCUAUAAAUUAUUGAUUUGCUAUUGGUAAUUUAACUUUCAGUUAAAAACAAAAAGUUAAUAACUACAUUACUAGUUUUAUUUGUUGUUAAAGGAUAUAUUUCUUAAAUUCAAUCUUUCAAUUUACAUUAAGUCACUUCACAGUACUUGCCAUUAAUCUCCGUAACUUAUGCAAAAACUGCCAAGUCUGUGUUUUUGUUUUUCGACAUGAAAGUUAAUUAAUGUCAAAAUAGGUUCCCUCUCCUUUUUCUUUAAGAAUAUUCUGCUUGAUUUGUGCUGAAAUCAAUUGGUAGUUUUUUUAAAGGAAGAACCACUUUAUAUUGGCAAUUAAAGAUAUUGUUCUUGUGGCAAGUAUUAUGAUGUUUUCAGAUAGAAUCUAGAUUUAAUUACAAUGUUUUUCUUUAUCAGAGGGUUAUAUUUAAAAGAGCAGUUGAUGAGAUCUGUACAGUUUGACAUUUGUAGUUAUUCAUGAAAGAUACACUUCUGACUCUUUUUGUUAAAUUGAAUCGGCUUAGUCCAUAAACUCCCUGUUUUGUUUGAACUUAGUCAAGGUUGCCAUACAGAGCAUGUACUUACUGAUCUGAAAUUCAAAUUUUCAGUAUUAUACAGUUUUAUUAUUAUAGACAGUAACUAUUGGCUAAUAUUUAACCCUUUAACUCCCAAGAUCUGAUUGUUAAUUCUCUCCUCUAACUGCUAGACAUUUCCUUGUAAAUAAGUUACGAGAAUGUGGUACUGGAUCAAGAUGACAACUUCAACCUGAUAAGUCUGAGUAUUCUCAUUACCUUUAUGCUGGGUAAUGUAUGAAUAUUAUGGGGAGAAGAUAUGUGUUAAUCACUUCUGGGAGUUAAAGGGUUAACCAUAGCACUAGUGUUACUUCAAACUCUUUCAGCAUUUCAGUGUGAUUGAGUAAAAGGAACAUUGUGUUCUCAGUUCUGACUUUUUUUGUCAAAUUGAAUUGGCUUAGUCCCUAAACUCCCUGUUUUGUUUGAACUUGGGUAAGGUCGCCAUACAAAGCAUUUACUGAUCUGAAAUUCAAAUUUCAAUGUUAGACGGUUUUGUUAUUAUUGAUGGUAACUAUUGGGUAAUUUUUAACCAUAAUACUGGUGUUACUUCAAACUCUUUCAGCAUUUUAGUGUGAUAGAGUGAAAAGAACCUUGUGUUCUCAAUUCUGAUUUUUGUGUUAAAAGUUACAAAGGGAGAAAUAAGCUGCCAGCCACUCUAACAGUUGAAGGGGUCAAAUAUGACCAAAACUGAGGUAUUGGGACCUAAAAAAUUUUUCUGUUUCCUCCAUACUUGCAAAUGAUUGCUAUAUUAUUGUUAUCAGGGAUUUUAGAAAUAUCGUUUUGAAAUUAUUGCUACUCUUAGAUAAUUAUUGCAUUGGGAAUGCAAGUGUUUAUUUGAGUUACUUUGGUAGAUGUUGCUGAAUUUAUACACUUGUAUGUUAUGUGCAGUUUGAAAAGUUUCAUUUAAAUCUUUGAUUCAUUUUUGUUCCUUGCUCAGGUCGACAACAUUUUGAGAGUUCCCUCCAUGGAAAGCAACUCAAAAUUGCACAAAAGCGAGUGGUACAGUGGGAAACAGCAGUUAAAGUGGCAGAAAAAGCAAAGCCAAUGAAUAGACAUGAGAGGCAACUGUGUUACACUUUCAAGUAUUAUGACAAAAAUGACGCGAAACGACUGGACCCCCUGAAAAUGAAAAAGUUGAAUGGUUUUGCAUCGCUGCCAGAGCAAGUAAAUGGUUUGAUUGAUGAACAUGCUGAUGAAACAUCUGAUCUUAGACACUCAGAGGCAGGAGAUGCAGAUGUUCUACUCCUGAAUGGAGUGUCGCAUUGUACAAAUGGGCCAAAUGAGGAAAAAAAGAAGAUUGGUAAGGGACGGGUUCAACGUAAGAGGAAACUGACAGCUAUAGCAGCAGCGGCAAAGGCUGCUUCAGGUGACAUUGGCACAAACAAAAGUACUGAGCCACCCAUGAAGAAAAAGAAAAGGACAUUGAAGCAAAAUAAUAUUUUAGAUUCCUCGGGUCAGUUGGAAGAUAACACUGACCAAGGAGAUGUAACAGUUAAGAUUAAUUUGAGUGAUGAACUCCAUCUGAAUGUGUCAGAGUUGCGUGAAAAGUGUAAUGGACUUAUUGACAGUGCUGGUGCUAGCACUCCUCCAAAAGUCAAUGGUGAUGCUGCUGCUUUUGGAACAAACUUGGAUGUGUCACCCAGCACUGCGCUUAAGUUGAAAAUUAGAAAAAUUACACCAAAACAAAACCAGCCAGAAGGGAAGCGGAGAAGAGGAAGGCCAUGUAAGCCGCAGUUUGUUAUUGUAAGUGAGCAAGAUAAGGAUUUGUCUAAUCACUCAAAUGAUGUACAUGUAGAAAACGAAAAGAAGAAGCUAGAUGGUGUGACAGAGUUACCUCCGUCACCAAAGAGUAGUAUUGCUAAAUCACCCAUAAAGAAGAAAAGGGUACGGAAACCUUCCAGUAAGGUUUUGAGUUCUACCAAAGUUGCAGUGUUACCUGUUAAGGAAAAAACGCUGGUAAAAGAAAAGACAAAACUAGAUUCCAAAACUAAAAAGGAUGAAGAAAAGAAGAAAGAAGCUUAUGAGGUGAAUGGUGUGGUGGAGAAGGAGGGAAGUGUGGCUGGAAGUGUUACAUCGUCAAGUAUAGGAGAGGAUACAGGAAGUGUUAAGAAUGGAGGAACAUCCAAGAAGGAGAAAGAAGCAGUGUGCAUUGUGUGUGAGCUACAAGACAAUCUGACCUUUUGUGAGGGUAUUUGUGGAAAUGCCUUUCACUUGGAUUGUAUCGGACUGUCCGUCAUACCAAAGGGGAAAUUUGUUUGCGACGAAUGUGUGACAGGGAAUCACUGUUGUUUUGUAUGUAGACAGACUGGAAAUGUUAAACAGUGCAGUCAACAAUUGUGUACAAAGUACUACCACGAGGACUGUGUUAAAACUUUCAAAAGCACAAAAUUUGAUGGUGAUCGCUUUUACUGUCCACUCCAUUUUUGUAGUACAUGUGUUAGAAACAAGUCAUCGGUGUCGAGAGGAAGACUGAUUCGUUGUGUGCGUUGUCCCACAGCAUAUCACUUAUCUGGCUGCCUGGUGGCAGGCUGUAUUCAAAUUAGUUCUCAUCUUAUGGCAUGUUCAAAACAUUUCUUACGUGAGAAAAACAAAGCGCACCACACUCAUGUCAAUGUGAACUGGUGUUUUGUGUGCUCCAUUGGAGGCACUUUGAUUUGUUGUGAGAGCUGCCCUGCUGCAUUUCAUCCAGAAUGCAUCAGUUACGAGGGUAUUCCUGAAGGACAUUUCUUUUGCAAAGAUUGCACUGAAGGCAAGGAGUUGCUUUAUGGUGAGAUUGUCUGGGUCAAACUGGGCAUGUACAGGUAUGGUAUAUUUAUUUUUUUAUUUUUGUAUAUUUCCAGCUUCUAAUUAGUGCAACCUGUGUCAUUUUUCUGGCACAUGAUGCAAGCAGGGUGAUGAUGGGAAUUAAAGAUUGAACAAUUUUCCUCUUGACUCUUUAACUCCCAAGAUCUCAGUAUUUAUCCUGUCUGUUCUCUGGGUGCUAUAAGAGGGGGAAGAUUUUGAUUCAAAGGACUUCUGAGCUAGUGGGCUGUACAGUGAAAUACAGGGUGCUUAAUUGACCAAUCAUGAUGCAUGCACAUGUACUUUCUGAGAGAUAAAGUAUAUUUUACAAAAGUUUCAUAUCUGAUAGGUUGAGGAUAAGGAACUGACCGAGGGUGAAAGUUAAUAACAAAGGAUUUAUGAAGAAUGGUUGCAAGGGUUUAACAUUUUUUUAUUUAUUUCAGGUGGUGGCCAGCACAGAUUUGCAACCCACGCGAUGUACCCACAAACAUCCAGAACAUGCGGCAUCAGCCAGGGGAAUUCCCUGUCAUGUUUCUUGGUUCACGGGACUACUAUUGGAUCCACAGAGGGCGUGUGUUUAGCUAUCAGGAAGGAGACAAGGGCUCAACAGACUCUGGAAACAGCAAACACUUGGCUAAGAUUUUCAAAAAAGGUCAGAAAAAGUGUUCUUCGAUUGUUUACAUGUUUAACCUUUUAACCUCUAGAUCAAAUUUGUAAUUCUCCUUACUGUCAACCAUACAAUUCUUUUAAUCUUACUUCAGAGAGUUUAGUGUUGGAUCAACUACUUAUCCCCAAAUUGAUUAUUUUCUUUAUUCUCAUCACUUAUCUGGUUGAUAUUGUAUUGAUAUUGUAAGGAGAAACUCUGUCUUGGUCACACAUGGGAGUUAAAGGGUUAAAACAAAAGCAGGGCUCGAAAUAACAGUUGUUUAACAGACAAUGUCUUGUCAUUUUCAUUUUGUUUGAUCAACUCUCUGGAUGGCUGCACAUUUUGUCCAGUUGUUUAUGCAUGUAAAGAAGAAUUUGAUUCCAAGCUAAGUUCAGGGUUAGAUUCAGCUGUAUCACUUUUACUGCAUGGAGUCUGAAGCUGCUUUUACUCUCAAAGCAUGGUUUUGCUAGAGGGGUGGGGGGAAUUUAUUGACUGGGCAACAUGACUGGUGCUAACCCAGAAAUUAUUUUGAGCCUCAAAAUGAAAGGGUUUGCUUUGGUUAUGAAAAACUUCAGAGCUUAUGGAGUGUGUAUGGGUCAUGGAAUGUAGUGGAAAAUGCCUGCUUUUAGCAUUUUUUUUAAGGUCAAAAAGCAUCAUCAGAAUCUCGUACAUAUUUUCUCUUGUUUUAGCCCUUGUUGAAGCAAAGGAGAAAUAUGCAGAAUGGAGGACAGCACAAGAAAAUAAAGCUGAACAGGAUCUACAAAAGAUGUCAAAGAAACCAGCACCUUAUAAACACAUCAAGGUUGUUAUUAGUGCAAAUUGCCAAUUAUAAUGAAUUUCAAUGUACAAGAAAUUUUUCCUCCUUGAACCAUUCCUUGCAGUUGUUAUUGCAGAGGUAUGCAACCUUGGGAGGUAAAGUAAAAACCAGGAAAUGUGUUGCAGAGGUCUUUGAGGAGAAAGAAAGCAUUUGAUUGCAUUCAAUUGCAUUCUUUUGCUUACAUUCAUACGUUCAACACGCAUACAUCAACAGACAACAAAUUUCUCAUUCAUUCUACCACCAUUGCACAUAUCAUCUUUUCAUGACACAAAGACAACAACACAUUUGUGCAUUCUCAAAGGCUAAGAACUUUGCUACAACAAUGAGAAAUAAGGCUUUGUCCCAUUUUCUUUGUUUGUUAUUUUUUACAUACUUUUUUUGUUGUUGGUUUUUUUUCCCUCACUCCAGGUAAACAAGUGUACCACAGCUGUCCGAAUAGUGAUUGACCUAUCAGAACUACCAAUGUGUGACUGUUCACCAGAUAAUGAUAACCCUUGCGGCCCCGAAUCAAACUGUCUGAAUCGCAUGCUUCAGUUUGAAUGCAACCCAGCAAGAUGCCCUGCAAAGGAAAAGUGUCAAAACCAACGAUUUCAAAAGAGAGAAUAUGCAGACUGUGAGCCUUUGAGAACAUUACACUGUGGGUGGGGGCUUCGCUGCAAAGAAGGUUAGGGAUUGGACAAAAUAUUGAUAAGUUGAAACAUAGUUUGAAGAGGUGUCUGGUUAGGAAACCCAGCAGGUUUCUUUGUUUCAUGCUUUAGACCUGAUUGUGCAGAACAUUUGAUAGCUUUCAAAACACUUUUAAAUGGCUAACUUUGGCAUUUCCACAUCGGCAGAUGCUCAUCAAGCACAAUUGACCAAAGACUUUUUGAUUUAUUUAGUCACAUUGUGUGAAAGCAAAAAAAAAAAAAAAAUGAAAGAUUGUGCGUUGUCAGUGCCAGCACUUUCAUCCUUGAGUUGUACCUGCCUUUGUAACCAUUCACAUCUACUAACUAUGCUAAAAAAAGAGUGUUUUCAGUGAGUAUUGACUUUUGUGCUGUUUUUGUGUCAGUGGUUAUCAACAAAUGUUUCCCAUUGGCUCGUCUUGAUCGUCUUCUUUCUUUUUCUUAGCUGUUGAUAUUUUGCUUUUAACUUUACAAAACUCAGUGGAAAAAUAGCAUUUUUGAGAGUAGGCCACUUAAUUUAAGUGUUCCUUUAUUUUAUCUCAGAUGUUAAGAAAGGCCAAUUUGUAAUUGAGUAUGUUGGAGAGCUCAUCGAUGAGGCUACAUGUCAAGAACGUGUACGGAAAGGAGAAGACAUUACUAACUACUACAUGCUGACAAUAGACAAAGAUUGCAUUAUUGACGCUGGUCCCAUGGGGAAUCUGUCACGGUUCAUGAAUCAUAGCUGUGAUCCAAAUUGUGAAACACAAAAAUGGACAGUGAAUGGAGAGGUUCGAGUGGGUCUGUUCGCCUCACGAGAUAUCAAGGAAGGAGAGGAGCUAAACUUUGACUAUCAGCUGGAUUGUUUAGGUGGGUCAAACAGUUUAUUUGAGUUAGAUUUGAUCAGGCAUUGAAUUGAAGUGUUACAUCAAGUUACAUGUGACCACAAUUUUCAAUAACAUGCACACUCAUAACCCUCUACAUCUAAAUUUACCCUCUAAAUUUGUCUUAGGUUGUUGUCAGUCAUCAAUUGUGUUUUGUAAAAAGUAGGAAAUGUAAACAACCAUUACAAAGUGGAGUGGCUCUGCUGUGCUUUAGGAUGAUCUUGUCUUCAUUGUCCACGCAGGAAAUGAAAAGAAGAAAUGCAACUGUGGAGCCAAAAACUGUAGCAGCUUCCUUGGUGUGAGACCCAAGAACCAGAUCCAGGAGGAAAAAUCUAAAAAGGUGGACAAGAGAAGAAAGAAGAAAAUCAAGAAAGCUGUUGUCAAAGAAGGUGUGUUUUGAAUUGAUACGAAAUGUUGCCAUAUCGCACUAUGAAGAAUGAAAUUUUUUUGCUUUCAGUGCCCUUUGUUCAAUGUACAUGUAAUUUGGUGCCAACUAGGAAAACAGGUGUUUUUUUUCUUUUCUUUUCUUUUCUUCACAAAGAUUGGGCUAAAAGGUGAACUUUCUAGGAAUGCAUUUGUUAUUAUUCUUAUUAUUCUUCUUCUUCUUCUUCUUAUUAUUAUUAUUAUUAUUAUUAUUAUUAUUAUUAUUAUUGUCAUUAUUGUUAUUGCUAUUAUUGAUCUAACACAGAACUUUAUCUGUUGACCUAGCCUUGACUCAGUUUUUUUCUGACUCAUGUCCAGACAUUGGACAUAGUAGAGAUAAUUCUUAGAAUAUUUGCAGCAUGAAAGAUUCAAAGCUUCUCUGGGGAGAGAGGGAGGGGUAGGCACUGGUUGGUGCCAUGCCUCCCCUCUCUCAGCCCUUAACUUUUGUUGCAACCAGCUGAAUGGUUCAAUUCUCUUCCCUGAUGUGUUCUUGGAUCAAUGUCAUUAUCUGAGCAUUUGCGCAUCUGUGUACCUACCCCCUCCCUCUCUCCCUCUCCCCCUCUCACUUUAAUCCUAACUUGUUAUCAGUUAACUGUUGUGGGGCAGGUGUGUAGUUGCUCAGAUAUUGACACUGAUCCGUCUUCUUACCGAAAAAUUAUGAUUAGAGGGGGGAAAAAAACGGAAUUUUUACUGUACAAAAAGUGUGAACUGUAUACUGUACAUUUGCAGGUGGAGUAUUUAUUCAUGGCCAAAUUGAUAUUUUUUUAUCCUUUUGCUUGUGCAUGUAUAUCAGAAACAGGAGAUCCCAAUACUUGUUGAAUUACUGGCUUCAAAUAUUUUUGCUUUCACUUACUCUGCUACUGUUUUAACACAUAAACUUUUCUUUAAUAAAAUUUUAUGCAUGUAAUAAAAUAAGUGGUAAUAAAUAAUAAUCCAAAUUCUAAAUGGGCAUUUUAUCCUAAAGUAUUUAUAUAAACUGCCAUAUGCUUUGAAAAUGCUCACUUAUGACUAAUUGUGGAGGAGAUUGAUCUGAAUUUUCGUGAACAGCCUUUUUAAAGCGUGGCUUAAUGAACCUAAACUUUGCAAUUCUGAUGCUAAACCUUUAAAUUAAUUUGUGCUCAAAGCUUUCAAGAAACUUCUCUCAAACGGAAGCGUUACGAGGAAGACAUUAUUUUGUUUGAUUUUCAGUAAGCUUCCUGUCCUUGGGUUGUGCCUAACUAAAGUCGUGGAGUGUUAUUGAUGGCCAAAAGGCUUUAGAUUUAAAGGGCAGGUCGCGGAAAUGAUGUUGUACUGGAAAACGAACAAGCUAUUGCUUCCCAUGCCACCGGUUUUUUUGGUUUUUUUUUUUCGACGUGUAUGAUGCCUUCUUUCUGCUUUUUUAUCGGGCGCUCAGAUAUUUGUAAGUACGUGCAUAACGUGUGAAGUCACUUUUCCAAGAGCGAGUUUCCCCUAGCAGAUGUUAUCUCCUCUUUUUUUUCCGUUCUGUCGAUUCUCAUUUUCCCUGGUGGGAGAGAUAGAAGUAUUUUGUUCUCUGCAAGAUAUUUCUUGACAGGUCUCCCAGUCCAAAACCUGAUUUGCCAGUUUUUGAACAAAGGAACGUGUUUAGCUAAAGCUUCUGGUAAACGGAAUUUGCCAACGUAGUUGAUAGGCCUUCUUGGUAAAAGCCAGUUGCCUGGUAUCUUAAUGAUAUCAGAAAAUUGUAGAAAAAAUGCUAGAAUUUUUUGAAAAAAAAUUUUCUUUUUCGCUCAGAUGAAUCGAAUAAAAACAUGUUUGUUUUCCUUUUCCGCCUUAUUUAAACUUGUUUUUGGUUGAUUCUUGAUUAUUGGUUGCCACAAUCCAGCUUUGAAGUGAUUUUUCCCUUUCAAUUGUUUUUUUUUUUUUCAUUCUGGUUGAGGAAGGUGAUAUGUCAAAUUGAAAGGAUGGCGAGAAAGGAAACUUCUGGCUACGUUUAGCGUGGAAAGAAAUGCAACAUAUUUUAAGAUUUUUUUUUUUAAAUUUCUGGGGAUAAUUAGAUUUUAAGUUGUAUUGUUUUGCCCAUUUUUUUACUUUGUUCUCGAGGAGUGUUCGAAGAAAAUAUAUGAAAUUUUUAUCUUGGCUUAGCUAUAUAUUUCUCAAGCUUUUUUCAAGGAAAUGGUGAUGGACUUUUCGAAGGAAAAUUCUUCUCUGGAAAAAAAUUGAAAUGAAAAGUUUUGUUGACAAGUUGUCUUUGUUAAAUUCCCUGGCGUUCCUCUUAAAAAACAAUAUCGAAACGCGACUCUCUCGUGUAAGUAGGGACCUAAAUGUACUGAAUUGCAACAAUCUGAGCGCCCGUUACGUGGGCUAGCUCCUUAUCAAAAAAAUCUUCUGAAGCAGACAUGUUGUUUGGCUUCAGAUACUCCAGUGUGCGCUGAACCACGCAAGCGACCCCCUCCUCUGCCAGCUGUCCAUCCUGAAGCCUCUAUUGAGCAUGGCACAAGUUGUAACGCAACUGACCAAGCGUCUCUAAAGCUCACGGGCACUUCUCCUCUGAAUAGCGCCUUGCCUUGGACAUAUAGCCCACUUCAACCGGGACUGACAUUAAACAAUAGUGCAUAGACAAGGUGUGCUUAAAAUUGAUCCUUAAAAUUAAAGGUUAUUUGAGUUAAAUGAGUUAGAAGAGUCAUGAGAGCGUGAGUUAAACUUUAAAACCGACGUACAGUUUACUGUUAGAGCGCUUUUCGAUUGAGUGUCGUAAAGCCAAAACCAGAGUAAUCACAGCAGCCAAUCAGAAGGAAGGAAAAUGUAAUAUGGAGCCAAUGGGAGCUCAAAGUAAAACCAAGUAAACUGCAUAAAGCGCGGGAAAACGCUGGUGACCAAGUCUUGACUUGCUGUUAGCUUUGAAUCUGAUUGGUUGAGAGAGUGGUGCGAUUGUUCUGGACCAAUCACACAGCGAAGAAAAGCAAAACCAAUGCAGUUCCGGUUUGCUUUCAACACUCAGCUGAAAAUUGCUCUACUAAUUUAUAACUGAGUAACUAAGGAAGAUGUUUUUACUUCUAUUACGAAAGUGAGACAAGGAAGAAAUCAAGACAAGGAAGAGAUUUCAAUAUCAGAUUCUUUGGUGUCGCGCUGCUUUUUUUUUUAAUCUAAAUUCGAAAGUUUGAGGUUCGAAUCCUCGUCUAAGACUCUUUCUUCAUUCGGCACAUUCUAUUGAUGGGAAUUUUAGUAUUUACAGUAGAUGUAAGCUAUUUACAGUGAACUUAUGGUAAAAUGCGUAUAAUGCCUUGCAUAAAACGAGAACUUAAUUUUAGGAAACCAGAAGAGAAUUAAGAGAAUUAAUUAAUCACGAGCAAACUUAUGUGUUUCUUCGCUUGUAUGUAUGCUGGCCAACCCUGGUGCAAUUGAUUAAAACCUGUUUCUGUUCCAAUCAGUUAAACCCAUAACUCACGACACGCAGCGAUUUAGUGGACUCAGUAAAAGUGACAUAUAAAAUAUAUAGUUUGGUAAACCUUUACAGGAAAUCAUUUUGUUGGUCAUUCACGAAGAUAAAGCCAAAGCGAAUUUCGAUCGAAUACCGUAAAUCCUGAACCGAAGUUAUCACAAUGAACAAUCGAAGUAAAGGCAGCUAUGACAAGUGAAAACAAGCAAACUGCUUGAAGUGAUUGGUUGAACAGUUGGCGUAGCAACAAGCAAACAAACUGUGUCGCGGUUGGUUUUAUUUUGGCAUCUGAUUGAUUGAAAAGUUAUGGACCAAUCAUGAAACAUAUUGGAAAAAAAAUCACUGCAGUUCCUAAUUACGUUCGACACAAUUGAAAAUUGCUCCAACAAACGCCCACACAGAUCUCUGAGUGCAUUGCACUUAACAAGUUUCCAUUGCAAUUUCAGUUCAUGAAGACGACUGUUACAUCUGCGGUGAUGGCGGAGAACUUCUCCUGUGCGACAAGGGAGGCUGUUCUAAGUGCUACCACAGGGAUUGCCUCGGCGGGCCUGUUACAACCCGUGGGAAGUGGAUUUGUCCGUGGCACUUCUGUGAUGACUGUGGUAAAUGGGCCACCGUCCUGUGCUCCGAAUGCCCGAAUUCUUACUGUAGAGCGCAUGCGUCUGGUCAAAUCACAGAAGUAAGUAAUGGUGUUCACGUCUGCUGCGACCAUAUUGUGACGCGCACGAAGACUAUACAAGACAAGGCAUCGGAUAUACGAGACGAUAGUGGCGAGCAAGAACCAGAAUCCAGCACUGUUGUGGAAUAGAGACAAUUAGUAGACUUUUUAGAAUUUUUAGAAUCUGUUUUAGGUCCAGAAAUAUUUUAGGCAGUUAACUUGCAUUCAAUUGUAGUUUUACGCUAUUAGGAUCAUAUGUUGUGGUAGAAACGAAGAGAUAGUGCAGGGGAUUCGCCAUGUAAAUUGUUUUCCAAGCAAUUGGUAGUGUAUCAUAACUCCUUUUUCGUAUUUCUCAAGCGCGUUUCGCUUCGUGGUUUGCAUGUUGAAAAACUAAAGAGCAAAGUUUAUCUGUUUACUACCAUACGUUUUGGUGACCGCUACAAACAACGGGAAUUUUCCCAACGAUUUGACUUGACAUAGAUAUGUUUCUGUAUCUUGUUUGCUUCACUUUUUUAUGAAUGAAUACACUCAGUAAUUUGGAUAAUCUGUUUUAGGCCGCUGGGAAUUGUGUAUGCUGCUUUAUUGAAAAUGUCAGACCUGUUCCACUCUGGGAUAGAAAGAAAUCAUUUUUUUAAAUGUUGGUUUUGGAACCAGCCAAAAUUUAUCUUCUGUGGUAAAAACAGAGGCUUUUCAAGGCACACGAAACUGAUCUAAAUGGUUUCAGUUUUUAAAGAUCUGUAUUUCUUUUGAAGUAGUUGUCAGUAUCCCUGGUUAUGAUUGUAGGCAAUUUGACCAGGUUUGUAAUCGUUGUGAUUUUCAUGAAUUAUCAUACAAACGAUGCACCGGUUGUAUAAAGAAUUGGACUGAAAGUGAACGCCUUGUGUCUACACAUAAAGUGGUUAUGUAGUGUAAAGUCACACCUAUAGUUUAACUCAACGCAGGGAGAUAGUGCUUUCCUCUAUGAAAAAUUUUAUAUUCGAACUCAUGAGCCACCGAAGAAAAAUGACUAAGAAGGCUGUAGCCAUUUCAAUUUGGGUUGUUGUACAGUUUUGGCAAACCACUCGCCAAUUCGAACUUUUAUAUGAGUAUUUAUUUCAGAUGUUAAUUUAUACUGUAGUAGUGUUAGACCUCCUCGCCUCUUUCAGUAUUUUGGAUCAGCAGUUCGUGGCGAUUCUGUCGUGAAGAGUACGUGGUUUUAGUUUUACUGCAUCAUCAUUCUAAUUAGCUGAUCGACAGCACUUCAGAGCAGAGCUCUGUGGUACGCGUUGCGUAACUGUGCUGUGUGAAAUCGUCAGUUGCGACCAUCCCAACGAAACAUUGAUCAGUACUUUCUUUAGGAUCCUAAUUUUCAAAGCGUUUUGGCGAUACGAUAAUUUUUGGGUCAAGUGCUUGCUUUUCUUUUCUUUUCUCGUGCAUAUGAAUAGGCUCACGAAAGGAUUGGGAUAUCUUUAUCAAAUAUAACAUAUAGUCCACGUUCAUCUGCGGUUUCUUCCCAAACACGGCACUAAACUUCAUCGUUAUGUUACUAAAACAUUUGUACAUUUGCAAGUUCUUCAAGUGAGCGCUACCAACGUAAAAUUGUCUUUGUUAAGUCUGUUCCCGAAUCAGACUCUAAUUCGUAGCAUGUUGCGUGACGAGCAGUUGAUGUCACGCAAUGCCGUGCCCUGGAAGUAAUCAUAGACAAAUCGGAAUCUUUAUUUUCAGACGUAAAAUUCUGUGAAAUUGCAAGGAGUGGUUCCACCUGUUGAAAACGCUUCCAUUACUUGAUAUGA